AUGGGUUGCUGCGGGUCAAGUAAAUAAGCGAAAAGUUAAUAAGAAAGAGAUAAGGUGCUAAAGGAAGGUAGCUAAGUAAUAGUAUAGAUGUAGAAAUAAAUUAGAGAGAUGCUAGAAUAAAAUAUUUAGUAUGAAAAAUAAAUAACUGAGAUGAAAAAUUAAUUGAAAUAGCUGACUGUGCUUUUAGAUGAAAAGUAAAUAAAAUUGACAACAUAAGCAAGUGCCAUGGAGAAAUAUUAAAUAUCAGAUAAGGAUGAAAUAGCUGAGGUUUAAAGAGAAAUUAGGGAAUUGAAGCAGUAGACAGAGUUUUAUGAACAAAAAUAUAGCAAAAAUGAGAAAAGUCUUUUGCAAGUACAGAUGUAGCUUUAAAAUGUGUCACAACGAAUUGGCGGUAAUUAGCCAUUGGGUUCUAACUAACAAGAUGAUUUGGUAUUUUAAGGAGAUCAGUAAUAGCUUGAGCAGAGAGUUUAUAAUAAUGAAAGAAACUUGCAAGUUUAAGAAGAGGAGUUCAAUAAAAAAAUAGAGAAUGUUAACUCACAGAUGAAUAAGAUGUAAACAGCAAACGCUAUAAAUAAGAGAGAUAUAGAUAACUUACUUGAAAUAGUUUAAACACAGUAGCAGUUAAUCAUAGAUGAAGUACAAAAACACAAAUAAACCAGUACUUAAUUAACAUAGAUAGAACAAUAACUAAUAAUAUCAAAAGAGUUCCAACUAAUUUAAUAGUUACAAAUCGAAAAAAUUUCAAAUAUGAUAAUGGAACAGAGGAAUUAAAAUUAAAAUUCUUCUAAUAAAAAUCGAGUAGUUGAAAGUUAUGGCACACAACUUUAAGAGUGUAUAGAGCAGUAAAAGAGAAGACAUUUAAAUGAUCUAAAUAUAAUUCAUAAAUAACAAGGCUUUUAAUGGAAAGAUUGGAGAGAGCUCGAAGAAUAUAAGUGGGUAUUAACUCAAGACAAUAAAUUUGCUCAUGAAUUUGAAAUAAAGUAAUAGCUUUCAGCAGCCGCUGCAGAUUAAUAAAACAAUAGUAUGAAAUAAAAAAUAGUUUGCAACAUAUGCUACCUUCAAUAUAUUUCAAUGAAUAAAUUUUUUACAUAACUCUAAUUAAACUAAUUAGCAUAAAAUCAAUGA